GGCUCAGCAAUGUAACCUUAUACAAGGGUCCAUGUCUCUGCCUGUUCUGCAAAGAAACGGGGAUAUCACACUAGGGGGUCUCUUUUCUCUUCAUGACAUGGUGGUGGAGCCUAAUCGUUUAUUCACCACCAUGCCACCACACCCAAGGUGCACCAGGUUCAACUUCCGAACAUUUCGCUGGAUGCAGACUAUGAUCUUUGCAAUUGAAGAGAUCAACAGGGAGGGAAAACUCCUUCCAAACGUCACUCUGGGCUAUAAGAUUUAUGACUCAUGCAGCACCCCCUACCAGGCCUUGAAGGCUGCCAUGGAGCUGAUGGGAACCGAGCAAGAUUCAGAGGUAGAGAUGGUGGAUAAUCACAUGUGUCCCGGGACUGUUCCUGUGGUGAUAGGAGAUGGAGGCUCCACACAGUCACUAGUUGUGGCUCGAUUCCUUGGAGCGUUCAAUGUGCCUCAGGUGAGCUAUUUCUCCAGCUGUGCUUGUCUCAGUAACAAAAUGGAGUAUCCUGCCUUCUUAAGGACCAUGCCUAGUGACCUCUUUCAGGUGGAUGCCCUGGUGCAGCUGGUCAGACAUUUUGACUGGGCAUGGGUGGGCGUAAUAGCAGGUGACGAUGCAUAUGGUCGAGGUGGUGCGACAUUCUUUGACAAUGAGGUUCAGAAGUUUGGUGCCUGUGUGGCCCUCCAUGAAAUCAUCCCUAAGAACCAUGCAAGAGAUGCGAUGGCCGCUAUUGUUUCCAGGAUUCGAUCCUCAGGGGCUUUGGUGGUCCUGGUGUUUGCUGUGGAACAAGAUGCUGCAGCGCUGUUUGAUGAAGCACUCAGGCAGGGGCUGUCAGGGAUCCAUUGGCUGGCGAGUGAGGCAUGGAGCACCGCAUCUGUCCUCUCUACCCCUAAGAAGUACCAACACAUCCUCCAGGGCACUAUAGGUUUGGCUAUACGUAGAGCACAGAUCCCUGCUCUGCAGGACUUUCUGCUUCGCCUACACCCCUCAAACUCAGAUGCUUCUGAGAAUCCCUUUCUGAUCCCUUUCUGGGAAGAGGUCUUUGGGUGUCGUCUAGGUGAAAGGACUGAAGAUUUAAUGGAAAAUGAAAAUUAUAAACCUCCAUGUUCUGGUACAGAGGACCUGAAAAGUAUAAAGAACAUUUACAAUGACGUUUCCCAGCUAAGGAUUUCUUACAAUGUCUACAAGGCUGUUUACGCAAUUGCACAUGCGAUUAAAGCUAUGAAGAGCUGUAAUGAUGGGGCUGGGCCAUUUUUAUUGCAGGCUUGUUCAGAGGCAACCAAUAUACAGCCAUGGCAGCUCCUUCACUACCUAAAAGAGGUGGAAUACACAAAUCAGUUUGGGGAUGAGACCAUGUUUGACCAAAACGGAGACCCCGUAGCUAUGUAUGAUCUGGUCAAUUGGCAACUGGGAUCAAAUGGAGAGAUGCAAUUUAUAACCAUUGGAAUGUUCGAUGGGACAGCACCGGCUGGCCGUAAAAAACUCCAGCUGCAAGAUAAUAACAUUCUUUGGAAUGACAACAAGACAAUGGUUCCCCAGUCAGAAUGCAGCAGUCCCUGUCCCUCAGGCACCAGAAAGGCCAUCCGACCAAACUUUCCUGUAUGCUGCCAUGACUGUGUGGUCUGCAGAGCUGGGGAGAUUAGCAAUCGGACCAAUUCCAUAGAGUGUUUGCGCUGCUUGCCUCUUUUUUGGUCCAAUGUUGAGAGAACAGCCUGCUUUCCCAAAGAAGUGGACUUCCUGUCUUUCAGCGACACCAUGGGCAAAACACUGACGACUGUUGCUCUGCUUGGCUCCUUGUGCACUUGUUGGGUUAUCUUUAUAUUCUCUUGUCACAUAUCUACUCCUAUAGUUAGAGCUAAUAACUCUGAGCUGAGUUUCCUGCUGCUCUUCUCCUUGAAUCUGUGUUUCCUAUGUUCUCUGACCUUCAUCGGUCGUCCCUCAGACUGGUCCUGUAUGCUUCGCCACACAGCUUUUGGGAUCACCUUUGUCCUCUGUAUCUCUUGUGUUCUGGGGAAGACUAUAGUGGUAUUGAUGGCUUUUAAGGCUUCACUUCCGGGCAGCAAUCUUAUGAAAUGGUUUGGACCAGUACAGCAAAGAGCCAUCAUUACCCUUUCAACCUUGGUCCAGGUUAUUAUUUGUAUAAUUUGGUUGACGGUGGCUCCUCCUACUCCACAAAAACUGAUGCCUAGAGAGAGUGCCAUCGUUUUACUCUUAUGUGAUGAGGGUUCAGCUCUAGGAUUUGCUCUGGUCCUCGGUUAUAUUGGCCUGCUGGCCUGCCUCUGCCUCUUCUUGGCCUUCUUAGCCAGAAAGUUACCAGACAAUUUCAAUGAGGCCAAGCUCAUCACCUUCAGCAUGCUGAUCUUCUGUGCUGUCUGGGUGGCCUUCAUCCCAGCCUACAUCAGCUCUCCAGGGAAGUACUCUGUGGCUGUGGAGAUCUUUGCCAUCCUGGCUUCUAGUUAUGGUCUGUUAGCCUGUAUUUUUGCUCCCAAAUGUUACAUAAUCUUGCUCAGACCCGAGAAGAACUCUCGGAAACAUCUAAUGUCAAAGACCAAUGUGCAAUAACAAUGUACAAUAAUUAUUUUCUUCCAUUUCUCCACUAGGGGGCACAAUAAAAGUUGUUCUUUUGGCGCUGCACUGCAGCUGCCCACUGCUUCUAUUGCUGCUAGUGA